AUGGCUAACUCGCUGCUCGACUCGCCGCCGCAGUUCCCUGCCGCUGGCCCUUGGGGCUCUCUGUUCGCCGUCCAGGAACCCGGGAAGCCUCGGCGUGUGUCGGUGGCGCUACCGUUCGCUCCCAAGAAGAUGCCAGCGUACCGGUACGGCAUGAAGCGGAACCUGGAGAUGUGCACCGAGGCGCUCGGGUGCGAGACCGGUGGCGUCGACCCAGCCGCUGACGACGCCGACGAGGGCGUGGAGCGGAAGAGGAAAUACAGAGAGGAGGAGGAGGAGAUCAAGGUGGAGCGAACGGAGCGGAGGGCGCGCGUGCUGCCGCCGCCGCUGACGACGCUCGCUGCUGGCGCGACCCGCAUGCGCAUGGUCCACGAGCGACGCGGCGGGCGGCUGGAGGUGUACGCGGUACGGGCCUCCGGAAUGGAGGCCGAGCGGAGCGGCGGGCGUCUUCGGCUCCGCCUCCUGCCCUGCGCCGGCUGCAAUGCCGCCGCAGCGUGCAGCAGCCAACAAGAACCGCAAGAAGCAGAGGAAGAUGAGACAGAGGAGGUUGAUCAGCAGCGGCAGGAGGAGUGCGUGGUCCCCAAGUACGUGCGCCGCGAGCGGUGCCUGAAGGUAGAGAGUGGCGCCACGGCGGCGAGGUGCAGCAUCAAAUGGGAGCAGGAGCAGACUGCCGCCUUCUGGGUGGCCACCACCUGA